CCAUAUUUGUUUAGACAUAAACUCUCUCUCUCUCUCUCUCUUCUUCAGUACCUCUUGUUCUCUACUUUUAUUCACCAAUCCUAUCUCAUCUCUCUGGCUUUUAUUUUCCUUAUACAUCUGGAUUGACCCAUUUUUGGUUAACUCUCCUUAAGCUUCUAAGUCAACCACUUCAGUUUCUGUCGGCUGUCUCUUCCCAGAUCUCAACAUAUCUUUGUUAAGAUAUAAAUAAGUUUGAUUAAAUGACGGAACCUGAUGAUGCCUCGCGAGAAUUACCAGCUAGAGAAGGAGAUACCUCGUCACAUCAAGAUCUGUCCAAACCUGUCUCACUCGAUCUCAAGCUCAACGAUAGCUUCAACGAUGAACAAAAGGGCACAAAGUGUGAAUCCAACCCGAGAGUCUUUUCUUGUAACUACUGUAGACGCAAGUUCUAUAGCUCUCAAGCUCUUGGAGGUCACCAAAACGCUCACAAGCGAGAACGAACAAUAGCUAAACGAGCAAUGCACAUGGGAAGAAUGUUUGGUCAGCAUCACAGGCCCUACACAUACACUUCUUCUUCUCUAGGGAUGCAAGCUCACUCCGGUCUACUUCACCAGCCUCAGCUUCCUCCUCCUCAUCUUGCAAGGUUUCAUGAUCAUCAAGGGUAUUUUGGUAACACUGUGCCGUUGUUCUUUGACUAUGAUGAUGGUAGCGAUUUAUUCUGGCCCGGGAGUUUUCGUCAGGUCGUGGAGGAAGCUGAAGCUCCAGUGGUGGUGGCUGUUAGAGAGUCAGGUCUUGAUCUUGACUCGGUUGCAGCAAAUGGAAGUGUGGUAGAUAAUAUUAAUAACAAUUGCUCAAAGCCUGAUCUUACAUUGAGACUAUAAUAUUCAUCAUCUCUUGUGUCUCAUUUUCUGUUGUUAGAAACUUAGAGCAUGAUUAUUGCAGGUCCCUUAAAACGGGUCUCUUAGCGUACAGUCCCUUAGCUUUUAACUGAAAACGUUAAGGGAUGUCUCUUAUAUAAGGGAUUUAAGGGACGUCCCUUAG